AUGCUGCUUCUUGAACCAAAGUACCUUCGCCCUCCCAUUUCAAGGUACCUUCUCUUCUCCUUAGCUUUUACUUCAAUUUUUGAUCGCAUUUUGCUUAUGAUGAGUGGUAACCCUAUUAUCAUCGAGAGUGACUCAAAGGUUAGUGUUUCUUCGUCUUCGAAAAUGGGAAUGAAGUAUGAAUCACAUUCUUUUCCCUCUGCCAGUGGGGGUAUUGAAUUAGGAAUAAUCAUUUUGAGUGAUGAUUUGAAGAUGGAAGAGUUAUCUGGAGAUGGAAGCUCUCUAUGA